AAGAACAAUCCAGCUACUCGUGCAUACUAAAUUAUAGCUACACUGUCAGAUUUGACAGCUUCAAGGAGGAAGAAAGGAAUACAUUAUUUUUGCAGGGAGUCAGGUGAUGGUUGUUGGAAACUAAAGGAUAAAAAGCCAUGAGCUACUCUGACUGGAUGUCGCAAUUACCAGCUAAGCUUCACACCACCCCUCUGUACAAACUGGCCAUACCAGGAAGCCAUGACUCAAUGAGUUACGAUCUAGAUGUCAACUCCCGAAUCAUCGAGCCUAACGGACUGAAAAGAUUUAGCAGAAUUUAUUGUCUACGAAAAAUAGUGCACACAUGGGCAUCCACUCAGGAGGUGAGCAUCACUGAGCAGCUGAAUGCUGGAGUUCGCUACUUUGACCUUAGGAUCGCCCGCAAGCCAAAAGACACGGAUCCCACCAGGCUCUACUUUCACCACGGGCUGUACACUCAGACAGAUGUGGAGACGGUACUCAGGGAAAUAAACGUGUGGGCAGAAAGUCAUCUUAAAGAAAUCCUUAUCUUGUCUUUAUCCCACUUUGAGGGAUUUGACCAAACGAUUUCUGCACAACUUCACAGCCACCUCAUUAGGUUCAUCACAAACCUCUUUGGAGCCAAACUCAUCCUGAAUACGGACACUCCCACAUUGAAGACUUGCUGGAAUCAAGGCAAAAACAUAAUAGUUUCAUAUGACCAUUUGGCAUUUCAUCAGCCUCUGAUAUGGAGAAAAAUUAAAUAUUACUAUGGCAACAGUAUGGACCGUGCAAAAAUUAUUGCCAAACUCAGUCAGGAUUUGGAAAAAGAGAAGUCUCCCCAUUAUUUCUUUGUCUGUGGCUUGAAUCCAACCCUACCACAUAAUUCCAGCAUUCUCAAGUACGUCCUUCGCUUUUGUGACAACUUCACCAACGUUGUGCGGAGGGGUCUGCCAAAGAUGCUACGAUGGGUGCAACAGCAAUACAACAAGACGCCAAUGAACAUCAUCGCCUCAGACGUGGUGACUCGAAGUGAUUUCGUUGCAACAGUUGUGAAGCUCAACUUGAAAGGCGUGAAAGGACGUUGAAAACGUGUCUGUCUCUUUUAUGUUUUUGUUAGAGACCUAUGUUAAUAUUUUUUGUACAUAAACAGAAUUCAUUUCUUGUUUAUAUAUAUAUAUAUAUAUAUAUAUAUAUAUAUAUAUAU